AUGAGCGACGGUCGCGAUACACAGCCUGGUCCUGGAAUCAGCAGAAGAAAAGUAAUCAGCAGAAAAAAGAUAGUGAACAGGCCUCCGGGUCGGUCUCUGAAAAAGCACAUAGUAGUCAAACAGCAGUCCAUGGCUCCUCUCACCUCAGGCGACACUACCAACACUGUUUCGGCUGUAGAAACGUCUCCAACGUCUCAUUUGCAAUCCUCCUGCAUGGACUCUGGCUUCCAUCUCGCACCUUCGCUUGUUCAAGCAAUGCAGCGCAUGCCUGACGUAUUUCCCGAGAUCGUGUCCGGCUCCGGAACCACUCAAGAGAUCUCCAAUGCACCAGCCAAACAACUGACGCGCGACUGCAAGCCUUUGCAGAAGGCGCAGGAUGGAAGCACCAAGUCGUGCAUGCAGGACAUCGUGGAGCAACAGCAAGAGGAGGAUGCUUUUGGCAAGCAAUCUGACAGAAACAUGCAGCGAGACUACUUGCCUGGGAUGAAAUACCAAAUCGAAAAUGAUCUGCUGCAGUUAAUGGAGCAACUGCUUGACGAUAAGAACCUUUUGUUGGGCGAAGCGAAAAAGUCCAACGAAGAACUUCUCGGCCUGGGGAAAGAUCUGGUUGAAGCUCAGACAAGGCUCAAGAGAAACGCAAUCUACAUCAAGUCUCUUGAUGAUUAUGUCGAUGAGCUCGAGAGGAAGAUCGAUCCCGAGUCACCUCCUUCAACUGGUACUCAAGUCGGACAAGCACAGGCUGGUACCCAAACAGAAUCGACCCCCCAGCAGAAUGUCCCAGUAGGAGAUGCCGUGUACAGGUGGCAGGCUUACAUGAUCAAACGCCUUGAGCAAGAGAAUGAGAGGCUGGCGGAAGAAUAUGAAGAUCUGAAAGAGAAGGAAGAGAAAGCGUUCAGCGACGCCUUGCACUUUGGAAAAACGCUGCACGACCACAACAAGGUCUACAGGGAACACUUGGAGAUGUGCCAUGAGUCCAAAGCCUUCCUGAACAAGGAUGUGGCAGAGAAUCUGAUCAAAAUGCGAGCUAUCUGCAACGACAAAUCAGGGUUUGUGUGUGACUGCGAAGCUGCUGAAGAGUCUCGGAGUGCUGCUGUCAAUCCUGAGUCUAUGUCGGGUCAUCGUGAAAGCUUUUUGAGCGUGUUGCUUGUCAUCGCACGUACUUUGCCCUGA